AUGAGCUCUGGCGGGAGUGCUGGCACCGCCAAACCGGGCCCGCCGUCUAAACCGGGCCAGGGCACCUUCUCAGCGGUUGCCCCAAGUAGCCAUGCUAUCCUUCUUGACAAGCUAAACCGUCGAUCGACUCCCGAUUCCGAGGCCUUGGCGAGUUCAGACGACGAGGUCGACGCUCAUCGCCAAGAUCCUCCCCAGCCAGUACCCCAGCCUCACAAGCCUGUGAGGCGCGCUUCUUGGCUGAACGAUACUACACAGCCUCUACCUCGACCCCGAAAGGGCUCGUUCGCUAGCAGUUCCAUGUCGCCGACAGCAUCCCAUCCAAGUACACCCUCAGCGGAGGGCAACGCACCCUGGGGUUCUCAUUCUCAGUCUUCUGGUGUCAUUGGUCGCGCUCCAGUAGCUGGUUCAUCCUUCACAUGGGGGACUGGUAUUUGGAAUAGUGACCGGAAGGACCCGCCCUCUCGCCUGAGUGAGGUCUUACCCUCACCGACAUCAACAAUGCCUCCUGGGUCGGCUGGGGGCUCAUUUUUCAAUGAGAACAACUAUGGACAGACGUCACCGGCUCCGCGAGACUUGGGCCCCAACGCACAGAUUCCGUUUGCCAUCCCCUUGCAUCCAACGCCCAAGACUUAUCGCUCUCAGUCAUAUUCCGUUGGUCAACUUGAACCAGAUGCUCCUCCCGCAACGAUGAAUAGCUCGGCAAUCCUUGUACGUGGCCGUGCUCAUGGCCAUUCGGGUCUUCAGCACCGACCGUCCCGCCCCAGCAUGCUUAGUGAAAUGUCAAACGACGGAGGUCUCCUUGGGAAAGUGAAGGAAGUGGACGAUGAUGACGAUGAGAGCGCCACCGAGUCUAUGCAAGGAUCUAUGCAUCAGUCUGCUGAAGCGAAGACGAUAGAGUUACUUGCUCGUGAGAAUGCCAUGCUCAGGCAACAACAACAAUACCAGAACCGACUUAGACCGAGAGCUGCCACCGGCGCAGCAUACGGACUUGGUAAUGGCUAUGCCCUGCGAGAAUCUGUCCCGGAAGAGUCGGACUAUGCCAUCGAUGAGCUUGAUGAGGCUAACGACGGUGUCGACUUGGCAUCAAAGAGAGCCUUGGGCCGCAGGAUGAGCGAGUUUGGAGUCUCUGCAUUCCGGUCGCCAUACGAGAACCGAAAGCUGGAAAACGUUAAGAAGGCGUACUGGCAUAGCUCCCUCGGAUUCGGCGGGCCAGAGGGGCAACAGAGCCGAAGACACUCCUUUGCAGAUAUUCCAACGCGUCAAGGUUCCAUAAGUUCCAUCAGCGAAACCGUUACCGGACUGGACACACCUGUGGCAGAACAACAGCAGCCUGUUGACUUCACUGCCGGUUAUGCUGAAAAUCCAAAUUACGCUGGGAAUACUGCUUCGUACUUCACACCCGGUGGUGGCUUACAAGCCCCCCCAGGAAGCAUGUUCAGCAACCCUUUCCCGUCGCCGUAUGCUCAGAUGCAUCCCCCACCGUACGGCAACCGAGCGCCUUCGCCUCACCGCAAUGUCUAUGCCAUGUCACAGCCGCGCCACAAUCAGCUACUCCACAUUGUCUUGUUCAAAUGCGCAAGAGCAGAUGUAUUUUACAUUCAGGAAGGCACCGGUCUGACGGUCAAGCCUGGCGAUCUUGUAAUCGUUGAGGCUGAUCGAGGAACCGACCUAGGAACCGUUGCGCGAGACAACGUUGACUGGCAGACUGCCAAGGAGCUGAAGGAGCAUUACGCCGAGGAACAGUACAAAUGGUUGAUGAUGUAUUCACAAAACGCCGCAGCUGCUCAGGACGGCACUGGCGCGGGUCUCAUGGCCGCCGCAAAUGGUCUCCAGGGCAGUGCUGUCGGCGGCAUGGGGCCUCCCAACCAACAUCAUAUGCAGGAACCCAAUGCAGGAGAGCUUAAGCCUAAGCUGAUUAAACGCCUUGCUCAAAGUCACGAGAUCCAUGCCUUGCGGGACAAGGAAGGCAACGAGGCCAAGGCCAAACGUGUUUGCAUGCAGAAGGUCAAGGAGCACGGGCUCAACAUGGAGAUCCUCGACGCUGAGUUCCAGAUGGAUUGGAAGAAAUUGACUUUCUACUACUUUGCCGACUCGUAUAUCAACUUCAACUCCCUUGUCACGGACUUGUUUAAAAUAUACAAGACCAGGAUCUGGAUGUCGGCCAUCAACCCGGCAUCCUUUGCUAGCCCUACUCUAGGCAUCCAGGCCCCGAGCGGUGUUGGCCCCGGAGCCGUUGGUGUCGGGCGUGGUUCAAAUAACUCUGAACGACGAUCCGCCCAGCAGCAACAGCAGCAAGAGCAACAGCCUGGAGGAUUCAACGGCUCCGGUCCGGCUGGACGUGGCUUCCAAAAUUCAUUUACGCCCUCAUUCAGUGGUGACAGACCAGGCCCUGGCGCCGGUUAUGGUCAGCCCAACUACCCUUACUCUCACAUGGGCGGCUUGGGCGGUGCCCCUAGGCCUGGAAAUAUGCCCUAUGUGCCUGGAGUUAUGCCGUCGCUUGACAGCUACAGCUUCCCUGGAGCAGCUGACUACCAGAUGCGCACUCGUUUCGGCCCAGCUUCCGAAGGACCUGGAUCCCACGAACCCGGUGUCACUCCGAUGAAUUCCCAAAACGACUGGGCAGCUGCUUUCCAGGGACUCUCGCUGAACAGCCGUUGA